UCCCGGAUAUUGCCUGCUAGGUAUCAUAAAGCUGUCACUGCAGAGUUAAAGAUUAAAAUCAAAUGUCAGUAAUGUAAUGAGAUGAAUAAUUACCUCUCCUUACAGUAAAAACGCCUCCUACUUUUGUUACCGGAACAGGGAGUUUGCAGCUCACCUUCCUGCGAGGCAAAAUUCAGGGAUUUCUUUAGCUUCAUUGAACGCGGGACUUUCGCAGUGCAGAGUGCCUCGUGAGCAAAGACGCCGCUUAUUUUCGCCAUGGAAGAAAGUCAGCAGCCUCAUCUUAAUAGCAGUUUCCCUGCUAAGAAAAGAGAAGAUUACCUGGAAUGGCCAGAAUACUUCAUGGCUGUUGCCUUUCUUUCUGCACAAAGAAGCAAAGACCCAAACUCCCAGGUGGGUGCAUGCAUCGUAAACCAGGAGAACAAGAUAGUCGGCAUUGGUUACAAUGGAAUGCCCAACGGCUGUGAUGACGACCUGCUGCCCUGGUCCCGCUCUGCUGAUGACCGCCUGGACACUAAAUACCCCUAUGUGUGUCACGCAGAGCUGAACGCCAUCAUGAACAAGAACAGCGCAGAUGUGAAAGGAUGCAGCAUGUAUGUGGCUUUGUUCCCAUGCAACGAGUGCGCCAAGCUGAUCAUCCAGGCAGGUCUCAAGGAAGUGAUCUACCUUUCGGAUAAAUACCACGACACACCUGAGAUGACGGCGUCCAGAAGACUUCUCAACAUGGCGGGAAUACAAUACAGGCAGUUCGAGCCCAAGAGGACUCAGGUUGUCAUUGACUUUAAUUCCAUUAACCAGGCUGGAAUGCUGAAUGGUGCCACCAACUGAAAAGAUGCCUCAAGGAUUUGCUGAAUGGAUGGGGGCGGCUUAAAUUGAGUUUUCUUAGACUUCCGCUGCUUUCCCAAAGGAAAACGGUAGAAUACUUCAAACAUAUAUUAUUAUUAUCACAACACCUUUUUUUCUACAUUUUUUUUGGUUGUUGGAGCAAAUGAGCUAGAGUCUAUUAAACCAGCCUCUCUGUAUGUUUGAUAUAUUUUUCCAUCUGUAAUAGUGAUAAACCGAAAAAUCACAGCAUAUAGACGUUAAUAAAUGUAAUCUAUUGUUUAAAUCAAUCGGAUUCAUCAGUAAGUCGAAGAAGCUAAGGUUGUGAGAUAUUAGGAAUGUGAUUGCAUCUCCUGGUUGUUUGAUCAGCUGUGAAUUCUCUGUGAUGUUUGAGGACUUUAUUUUUUUAUUAUGAAAGUCUUGUUAUAUUUUUUUAAGGCUUUCUGUCUGGUGUGAAGGAUGCUGGAUGCUUUUUAGUUUUUAAAGGAAAGGUGGACUGCAGGAUAGUAACACUGUAAUCAGAAAAACUGAAAUACAGUUGGGUUAUUAUUUGUAUUUUGGUUCAUUGAGCUGCUUGGAACUUUGAUUAUCAAUUUUUUUCACAGUCUUAAAGGUUAUCAGUUCUUAGUAGUUUUUAUUACAUGUGAUUAAGAUUUAAAGUCACUUUGUUUCAUUUCUGUCAGCAGAGUUCCAAUACUCAUGUUUUUGUCUUUAAGGUCAAUACAAUUCUUGCAGGUCAA